AUGCCUGCUACGAACGGAGUACAGGCGAACGGCAGUUCGUUCGCCGCGAAACAUAACCUGCCAUCACAUUUUAUCGGCGGAAACAGCCUAGAGUCUGCUCCCCCAAGCAACGUCAAGGACUUUGUUGCUGCUCAUGAUGGUCACUCAGUCAUUACCUCGGUUCUCAUUGCCAACAACGGUAUUGCUGCCGUGAAAGAAAUUCGUUCAGUAAGAAAAUGGGCAUAUGAAGUGUUUGGCAAUGAGCGUGCCAUACAGUUCACUGUCAUGGCGACGCCUGAAGAUUUGCAAGCCAACGCCGAUUACAUUCGCAUGGCAGACCAAUAUGUAGAGGUACCUGGUGGUACUAACAACAAUAAUUAUGCCAACGUGGAGUUGAUUGUUGAUAUUGCUGAACGCAUGAAUGUUCAUGCUGUUUGGGCCGGAUGGGGUCAUGCUUCCGAAAACCCAAAGCUUCCUGAAUCCUUGGCGGCAUCGCCAAAGAAGAUCAUCUUCAUUGGUCCUCCAGGUUCUGCCAUGCGAUCACUGGGAGACAAGAUCUCUUCGACAAUUGUUGCGCAACAUGCCGGCGUGCCUUGCAUUCCCUGGUCUGGAACCGGAGUUGAAGAGGUCGAGGUGGACAAGGAUGGAAUCGUGACGGUCGCGGACCAUGUCUACGACACUGGCUGCACACAUUCACCACAGGAAGGUUUGGAGGCCGCUCGCAAGAUUGGCUUCCCUGUCAUGGUGAAGGCGUCCGAAGGUGGCGGUGGUAAAGGUAUUCGAAAAGUUGAACGAGAAGAGGACUUCGUGAACCUGUAUAAUGCCGCUGCCAGUGAGAUUCCUGGCUCGCCUAUUUUCAUUAUGAAGCUGGCUAGCAAUGCCAGGCACUUGGAAGUUCAGUUGCUUGCUGAUCAAUAUGGUAACAAUAUCUCGCUCUUCGGCCGUGAUUGUUCGGUUCAGCGACGACACCAGAAGAUUAUUGAGGAGGCUCCCGUCACCAUUGCGAACAACACCACUUUCCAGGCUAUGGAGCGUGCUGCAGUCAGCUUGGGUAAGCUUGUCGGUUACGUCUCGGCGGGUACUGUUGAAUACUUGUACUCCCAUUCCGAUGACAAGUUCUACUUCUUGGAACUUAACCCUCGUCUACAAGUCGAGCACCCCACCACUGAAAUGGUUACUGGUGUGAACUUGCCUGCUGCUCAACUCCAGAUUGCCAUGGGUAUUCCUCUUCACCGUAUUCGCGACAUCCGUCUUCUGUAUGGUGUCGACCCCCACACUUCCUCCACCAUCGAUUUCGACUUUUCCAAGGAGGACAGCAGCUCAGCGCAGCGUCGCCCACAGCCCAAGGGUCACUGUACCGCUUGCCGUAUCACAUCCGAAGAUCCUGGCGAGGGCUUCAAACCGUCAAGUGGAACUAUGCACGAGCUCAACUUCCGCAGUUCAUCCAAUGUCUGGGGUUAUUUCUCCGUCGGUUCCUCCGGUGGUAUUCACAGUUUCUCCGACAGUCAGUUCGGUCACAUCUUCGCUUAUGGUGAAAACCGUACGGCUUCUAGAAAACACAUGGUUGUUGCCUUAAAGGAACUCAGCAUUCGUGGUGAUUUCAGGACCACCGUCGAAUACCUUAUCAAAUUGCUCGAAACACCUGCGUUUGAGGAUAACACCAUCACCACCGGGUGGCUAGACCAAUUGAUCUCCAACAAGCUUACCGCAGAACGCCCAGACCCAACAUUGGCUGUUAUCUGUGGUGCCGUUACAAAGGCUCAUUUGGCCAGUGAGGGAUGCAUUGCUGAGUACCAAUCCAACCUAGAGAGAGGUCAAGUCCCAUCUAAGGAGGUUCUGAAGACUGUUUUCCCGGUCGAAUUUAUCUACGAUGGAAGCCGCUAUAAGUUUACUGCCACCAAGGCCAGUGCUGAUAGUUACCAUCUCUUCAUCAACGGCUCCAAAUGUUCAGUUGGUGUCCGUGCCUUGGCUGAUGGUGGCUUGCUUGUUCUGAUGAAUGGCCGCAGUCACAAUGUCUACUGGAAAGAGGAGGCCGCGGCUACCCGCAUGAGUGUCGAUGGCAAGACCUGCCUUUUGGAGCAGGAGAACGAUCCAACACAAUUACGUACCCCUAGCCCUGGAAAGCUGGUCAAGUUCACCGUGGAUAAUGGCGACCAUGUUAAGGCUGGACAGCCAUUUGCUGAGGUUGAGGUCAUGAAGAUGUACAUGCCUUUGAUUGCCCAAGAGGACGGUACUGUACAGUUCAUCAAGCAGCCCGGUGCAACCCUGGAGGCUGGUGACAUUCUUGGUAUAUUGGCAUUGGAUGACCCAUCUCGUGUCAAGCAUGCUCAGCCUUUCAGCGGGCAGCUUCCCGACAUUGGUCCUCCCCAGAUUGUCGGUAACAAACCUCCCCAGAGGUACGCACUUCUUCAUAGCACUUUGGAGAACAUUCUCAAAGGUUAUGACAAUCAGUUCCUUAUGAAGCAAACCUUGAAGGAACUGAUCGAGGUAUUGCGUGAUCCUGAGCUUCCUUACGGUCAGUGGAAUGCACAGUUCGCUGCUCUUCACUCUCGUAUGCCAGCCAAGCUCUCCAGUCAAGUCGCACAGGUUGUUGAACGCGCCAAAUCUCGACAAGCUGAGUUCCCCGCCAAGUCUCUGCAAAAGACAAUCGUCAAGUUCGUUGAAGAGAAUGUCAACCCGGCAGAUGCAGACAUCCUCAAGACUACUUUGACCCCCCUUGUUAGCGUGAUUGAGCUCUACUAUGAUGGUCUCAAGGUUCAUGAGUAUAAGGUCUUCAUUGAGCUCUUGGAGCAGUAUUAUUCUGUCGAGAGUAGGUUUACAGGACGGAACACUCGUGAUGAGGAGGUCAUCCUGAAACUACGUGACGAGAACAAGGAUGACAUUCGUGCUGUAAUUCAGACCGUCCUUUCCCACACGAAAGUUGGCACAAAGAAUAACCUUGUCCUUGCUAUUUUGGAUCUGUACCGUCCAAACCAACCCAACGUUGGCAACAUUGGCAAAUAUGUUAAGCCGAUCUUGCGAAAACUUGCAGAAUUAGAGUCCCGCGCUGCGUCCAAGGUCGCUCUUAAGGCCCGUGAGCUUCUUAUCCAAGCUGCCUUGCCAUCCCUUGAGGAGAGAGCCACUCAAAUGGAACAUAUUCUGCGCUCAUCUGUAGUUGAGUCUCGCUAUGGCGAGGCUGGAUGGGAUCAUCGGGAACCAGACUUUGGUGUUUUGAAGGAAGUUGUUGACUCCAAAUUCACCGUGUUCGACGUCUUGCCACAAUUCUUCUCUCACUCCGACGUCUGGGUUACAUUGGCUGCCUUGGAAGUCUAUAUUCGCCGUGCCUACCGUGCUUACACUCUGAAGGGCAUUCAGUAUCACACUGAAGGCGAAUCCCCUUUUGUCUCCUGGGACUUCUCUCUGGGAAAGAUCGGCGAGGCUGACUUUGGACUUCCCAUCGCAUCUUCUCACCCGUCUACUCCAGGCACACCUACCGCUGAGGGCCCUAACCCCUUUAAGAGAAUUCACUCUAUCAGUGACAUGUCUUACCUGGUCGAUGAGGAGGCAAGUGAAUCCCCACGCCAGGGUGUCAUCCUCCCUGUCCAGUACCUGGAGGAAGUGGAGGAGAGUCUCGCUCGCUCUCUCAGCGUGUUCCCUCGCACCACCUCCAAGCCAAAGAAGACUCUUGAGUCAAACCUAUUGAGUUCCGAGCUCAGUGGUAAACGCCGACCUGCACCACGUCAAGACAGCAAUGGGGAGCUGUCCGGUGUCUGUACCGUCGCCAUCCGGGAUGUGGAGGAUCUUGACGAUGUCCAGCUUUUCGCUCAAUUCAAGCAGAUCAUUAACGAAAACAAGGAAGAACUUCUUUCUAGACGAAUCCGCCGCAUCACUUUCAUUUGCGGUCACCAGGACGGUACUUACCCUGGCUACUUUACCUUCCGUGGCCCCUUGUACGAGGAAGAUGAAAGUAUCCGUCACAGUGAACCUGCAUUGGCUUUUCAAUUGGAAUUGGGACGCUUGUCCAAGUUCAAGAUUAAGCCCGUCUUCACUCAAAACCGUAACAUUCACGUUUAUGAGGCUAUUGGAAAGGGCUCUGAGGUUGACCGCCAAACUGUCGACAAGCGUUACUUCACUCGUGCAGUUGUGCGUCCCGGCCGUCUCCGCGAUGACAUCCCCACUGCUGAAUACUUGAUCUCGGAGGCCGACCGAUUGAUGAACGAUAUUCUCGAUGCCUUGGAAGUUAUCGGAAACAACAACUCUGAUCUCAACCACAUCUUUAUCAACUUCUCGCAGGUGUUCCCUCUGCAACCCAAGGACGUUGAGGAUGCUCUGGCAGGCUUUGUCGACCGAUUUGGUAUUCGUCUCUGGCGACUUCGUGUCACUGGUGCUGAAAUUCGCAUUUUGUGUACCGACCCGGCUACCGGUGCUUCUUACCCACUGCGUGUCGUCAUUAAUAACACCUAUGGUUUCAUCAUUCAAGUUGAAUUGUACGUUGAGAGGAAGUCCGAGAAGGGAGAAUGGAUCUUCCACAGUAUUGGAGAUGACUCAAAGGUUGGCUCCAUGCAUCUGCGCCCAGUAUCCACGCCUUAUCCUACCAAGGAGUGGCUACAGCCUAAGCGUUACAAGGCUCAUUUGAUGGGUACUCAAUACGUCUAUGACUUUCCAGAACUGUUCCGCCAAGCCUUCCAAAACAGCUGGACCAAGAGCAUUGCAAGCAUCCCAUCCCUAGCUGAGAAGCGACCUCCCGUGGGUGAAUGCAUCGAGUACAGCGAGCUCGUCUUGGACGACACCGACAAUCUAGUUGAAGUGUCUCGCGAAGCUGGCACCAACACACACGGUAUGGUCGGCUGGAUCGUUACAGCCUACACCCCCGAAUAUCCUAAGGGCCGCAGGUUCGUUAUCAUUGCCAACGAUAUCACAUAUCAAAUCGGUUCAUUUGGUCCACAGGAAGAUAAAUUCUUCCACAAGUGCACUGAGCUGGCCAGGAAGCUUGGUAUCCCUCGUAUCUACUUGUCUGCCAACUCUGGUGCCCGCAUUGGUAUGGCUGAUGAGUUGAUUCCUUACCUCAACGUGGCAUGGAACGACCCUGCUAAGCCAGAAGCUGGCUUUAAAUAUCUUUAUUUGACUCCCGAGGUCAAGAAGAAAUUUGAUGAGCGAAAAGUUAAGGAAGUCAUCACCGAGCCCAUUACCGAAGCUGGCGAAGAGCGUCACAAAAUCACUUCGGUCAUUGGUGCUAAGGACGGACUCGGUGUCGAGUGUCUGCGUGGCUCAGGUCUCAUUGCUGGUGAAACCUCGCGGGCUUACGAGGACAUUUUCACCAUCACCCUUGUCACUUGCCGUUCCGUUGGUAUCGGUGCCUACCUUGUGCGUCUCGGUCAACGUGCAAUCCAAGUCGAAGGCCAGCCUAUCAUCCUUACCGGUGCUCCAGCUAUCAACAAGCUGCUUGGCCGAGAGGUUUAUACCUCUAACCUGCAGCUCGGUGGCACUCAAAUCAUGUACAAGAAUGGUGUCUCUCACAUGACUGCUAACGACGACUUUGAGGGUAUUCAGAAGAUCGUGGAUUGGCUAUCAUUCGUUCCUGAAAAGAAGGGUUCUCCUGUUCCAAUUCGACCAUUGUCCGACAACUGGGAUCGUGAUAUCACCUUCGUUCCUCCCCCCCGACAGCCGUACGAUGUGAGAUGGCUAAUUGCCGGAAAGCAGGAGGAGGACGGCUUCUUGAGCGGUCUCUUCGACAAGGACUCGUUCGAAGAGAGCCUUGGUGGUUGGGCCAGAACUGUCGUUGUUGGCCGUGCUCGCUUGGGCGGUAUCCCUAUGGGUGUUAUUGCAGUUGAGACUCGCUCUGUCGACAACGUCACUCCGGCUGAUCCUGCCAACCCAGACUCUAUGGAAAUGGCUACCACUGAGGCUGGUGGAGUGUGGUUCCCUAACUCCGCCUACAAGACCGCACAAGCUCUGCGGGAUUUCAACAAUGGUGAACAGCUUCCAGUAAUGAUCCUGGCUAACUGGCGUGGAUUCUCUGGUGGACAGCGUGAUAUGUACAACGAAGUUCUCAAGUACGGUUCUUACAUCGUUGAUGCUCUUGUUAAAUAUGAGCAGCCGAUCUUUGUGUACAUCCCGCCUUUCGGUGAGCUCCGUGGUGGUUCAUGGGUGGUCAUUGAUCCAACCAUUAACCCCCAGCAAAUGGAAAUGUAUGCGGAUGAGGAAGCUCGCGGUGGUGUGUUGGAGCCCGAGGGUAUUGUUAACAUCAAGUACCGUCGCGAGAAGCAGCUUGACACCAUGGCUCGCUUGGAUGCUACCUAUGGUGAGCUUCGACGACAGCUGGAGGACAAGUCACUCAGCAACGAGCAGCUGUCCGAAGUCAAGGCCAAGAUGGCUGCCCGUGAGGAGCAACUCUCGCCUGUCUACCUGCAAAUUGCCCUGCAAUUCGCCGACCUUCACGACCGUGCAGGACGUAUGGAGGCCAAGGGUACCAUCCGUCAACCUCUGCAAUGGAAGAACGCCAGACGGUUCUUCUACUGGCGUCUGCGCCGCCGUCUGAGCGAAGAACUGAUUCUCAAGCGCUUGACUGAAGCCCAGCCAGCGCCCACGCCAAAGUCUGGCAACAGCGGUGCUAAGUCUGUUAGCAGCAUUGUUGCACCUUCUUCGGCUGUUCGUGAGGCUCAUACCCUAACUCUCAAGGCAUGGAGUGGCUUGUUGGAUAAGGAAUUUGACCAGAACGACCGCAAGGUUGCUCUCUGGUAUGAAGAGAACAAGAAGGCCAUCUCUGCUAAGAUUGACGCCUUGAAGACUGAUACUAUUGCUUCAGACGUCGCUCAAUUAUUGAUCGGCAACAAGGAGGGAGGUCUCAAGGGUGUCCAACAGGUUUUGAGCAUGUUGCCCGCCGAGGAGCGCGAAUCCGUCCUUAAGUAUCUGGGAUCGGUGUAA